AUGAAAAAAAUUGGGUGCAGAAAUCAUAGGCAGGUGAAGACAUUAGCGGCUCACAAUUUUGCGGCGGUGUUGCCGGGAGAUUUGGUGGUGGGGCUUGUGGUGGCGAACGGCAUCUCCAACUUCUUGAACUUGUACAACACUCUUUUGGUCGUUAGGCUUGUCCUCGCCUCGUUCCCCAACUCCCCUCCUGCCAUCGUUGCACCCCUCAGCACGAUAAGUGAUCCGUACUUGAACACAUUUCGGGGUUUAAUCCCACCACUUGGAGGCACAUUGGAUCUCUCUCCCAUUCUGGCAUUCCUGGUUUUGAAGGCCUUGACAAGCACAGCUGCCGCUCUACCGGCAGAGCUUCCAUCGUCACCGUCGUCAGGAGCUUCCCAACAACUCGUUGCUUCCCCUACUGGAAUUACCAACCUCUCUACACCUCAGAAGAAAUGGUUGACGAGGCUCCAGGGCAGCAACAACAACACCACGAAGAGCUCCGGCGGUGUCAGUUAG